AAUUAAGCUACGUGGCUAAUUCGUUAGCACACACUUCCUUAACAGGAAGUGGUGAAUUAGUGAAGACGUUGUUGUAAAUAUAGUAUAGGCAUUAGAAAUAGAGUGAUGGAUAAGACAGGUGUUGGCAGCAACCGCCGUAAUACAACACGGACAGAUCUCUGCAUGCUGCUGGAGUGUCUGAAGAUCCAGAUGAAAUGUCCUGAGUUACAGAAACAAGCUCUGCUCACCAUUCACUCCAUCUGUGAAAACAAAGAGGAUAAUGUGGACCUGCUGAGAGAAAUGGGAGGAGUGACAUUUGUGUACAACCUCUGCAAAUCCAGUAUUGUUCAUUCAGAUGUGAAGGAGACUGCUCUCUUUACACUUGGCACUCUGGCAGAGGAUAAUGUGUUUUGCAAGAGUUUUCUCUGCACACAGGAGACGUUUGCAGACCUUGCCGGUUUGUUGUUGAAAGAAGACGUCUCACUGACACAGAGGAGAGUGUCUGUCUAUUUGCUCUCUGUGUUGGUAGCUAAUAACAAAUCAGGUCAGUCUUUAGCUCAAACCUCUGGCUGCCUGGACAUCCUACUGCGCCUCUUCAGGACUACUUUUCCUCUUUCCUUGGACACUACUUCAGUUGUAGUCAAUGCUACUCACACAUACCAGCUGUGGACAUCAGUAGCUAAUGCUCUCUGUGGAUGCGUCAACAAUCCUCAGAAUGAUGAGGGUCAGCGAAUGUGUGCAGCUACCUUUCCCAUAAUAAAUGCCUGGCUUCACAUUGCUCUGACACAAAAAGGGAUUUUUAAUUUGAUUUGUUCGUUCAUAGCGAUGACAGUCGCCAACAACAGUUGGGUUCAGGAGUGUUUCUCUCACUCUGGAGGUUUGGAAACACUCACUCUUUCACUGCUUCGUCUAGCUCCAGAGGCAGAUACCAGUUUGUUGUCUUGCCAACUUUCUGUCACUUUGUCCAAGACCCUGUCAGCUUGCAUCACUGACAAUUUUGCUCUGGCUUCAGGUUUGGCUCGGUAUGGCAUCGUGUCCAAACUCCUCUCCCUGCUGACCAGUCCAAAUCUGGCUCCUGAGAACAAGCUCUCUGUUUUACUUGCCCUGGGUCACUGCACUGACUCCUCUGUGGAGCAUCAGUUCCAGUUUGUACAGUGUGGAGGCCUGCCCAUUAUUAUAACUUUACUCACAGAGGACACCAGUGAGGAAGUCAGGAAGGCUACUACGUUCAUACUGCAGACCUGCAAACAGGCCACCAUGUCGUUGGGAGAGUCUAGAAAUGAGGAGGAUACAAAAAUGGAGCCCCUCACAAACAUGGAGAGCUUCAGGAGCUCGGCCAGGGAGUUGCUCCACAGGAUUAAACUGCUAGAGCAGAAACAGUACAAGGCUGUGCAGGAAGAGCCACCAACUGCAAUGCCAGCGCAAGCUCUCUCCUCUCUACCGUCAGCCUUACCUUUACAUGUGCAACAUCAGGAGAGAAAUAAAAGCAUCCCCACAACAUACAGAGGCACCAGCACUCACAAGCACAAAGAAGCCAAGAAGAAGGACAGUCUACAGAAGAACAUGAGCUGGAAGGAGGAAGCUAAAAGCAGUGAAAGAGAUGAGAGGUUCUCAGUGAGAGAAGAUGCCAGAGCCACAGUGUCUUCUCAUGUAAAGUCACUAGAGGGAAGCAGAGAGCCAAAAACAGCCGACAGACGGAUGUGUACACUCCCAACAUCAGUGAGGCACAGUUCACCAAAAGACAUACAUACUAAAGAAGAGUUAUUGGACUGGGACAAAAAUAAGGGGAAGAAACUCACAGCAGAAGAAAACUCCCUCCCUCAGUCCCGGUGUGCAGGCUGUGUGCUGCCCUUUGACAAAGUGACCAGUCGCACCUUUGCAUCUCUUCAAAGCUCCUUACAUCACAGCUGUGACAUGCACAAGACUCUCCAAGUGGCCACAGAGAGAUUCAGGACCCGUCACUGCAGCCCUAUGUUCAGGAGAGAGUACGAGGGAGACGGUGUGUCUGGGAGAGUGUCAGCAGCUGGAGGAAGGAUUGUGUGA